AUGUUCACCAAGACCCUCUUCGCCGUCGCUUUUGCCGCCGUCGCUUCCGUCGCCAGCGCUGCCUCCCCCCCAGGCUGCCUCCUCGGCGCCGUAAACACUUACGACACGCCUUCUGACAUCAAGGCCGUGUGCUCCGCCAAGGACAUCACCACGCAGAUCAGCAAGAAGUGCGGCGACAAGGCCGAGGACGCGCUCUCUGCGCUUGCGGACAUCUGCAAUGAUGCUGGUGUGAAAGUUUCGACCAAGCUCCCGACCAGCGCGUCCGGGACCGCAACCCCCACCGGUACAGGUGCCAGCAGCAAGAGCAGCGGUAGCGCGGAUAGCACCGUCUCUGCGUCUCCUUCGUCUUCGUCUUCCUCUGGCUCGACCGAGAACGCCGCCGCUUCGGGCACGACGUCCGGUAGCCCGGCCGAGAGUACUGGAUCCGCAGGUACAUUGGAGAUCAGUGCCGCGGCGCUGUUGGCCGGUUUAGGCGUCGUUGUUGCGGCCUUGUAG